UGGCUUUUUCGUCUGUCACUCUGUCAGUGACGAAAAGUGUAAACGUCACUGGUGAAACAAAACCAAAACAUUCGUCCGUGCGCUCCUCGCGAUUUCCGUGUCUUCAGCACUGGUCGGAUGGUCAGACGACAAUCGUCCACCUUCUUUUUCAGUGACGUGUACCCUAAUCGUACGACAGGCUGGUUAGUGGUACCCCGCUGCGUGAACUUUGCUGAGCGAUUCGGAUUUUGCGAAUGUUCGUCCUCGGACAGUACAGGAAGUUUCGACACGUUAUUGGAAAGUCCCCAUUUUUCGAACGGCGACCAGUGCAUCGUAAUUUGCGGCAAUGAGUGUUCGGAAACGGCAAGAGCGGCCAGAUCAGGAACAGCUGUUGGCACAAAGUCGGCCCCAGCAAGCCGGCCACGAUGACGAUAAACAUGAAGCCAGUGACCUACGGGGAGACUGGGGCAACAUCUCCAUCUUGUUCUUCUUGUACCUGCUUCAGGGUAUCCCGAUCGGACUGGCCGCAGCUAUUCCGAUGUUGUUGCAAAAUCGCGGCGCCAGCUACAAACAGCAAGCCGAGUUUAGCUUCGCACAUUGGCCGUUUAGCAUGAAGUUACUCUGGGCGCCGAUAGUGGAUUCGCUUUACUGGAACCGCUUUGGGCGGCGCAAAUCGUGGCUCAUACCUACUCAGUAUUUGAUAGGCAUAUUCAUGCUAGUUCUCUCCAGCCACGUGAACCGAUGGUUGGGGAGCAGCACCGAGGACGGAUUGCAUCACAUUGCGCCAAACGUGCCCAUUCUAACGGGGAUAUUCUUUGCGUUGAAUUUUCUGGCUGCCACACAGGAUAUAGCCGUAGAUGGAUGGGCCCUGACCAUGUUGAAGCGGUGCAACGUUGGCCAUGCAUCGACAUGCAACAGCGUUGGACAAACGGCAGGAUACUUCCUCGGGUAUGUUGCAUUUAUGGCUUUGGAAUCGGCAGAAUUUUGCAACAGCUAUCUCCGUUCGGAACCAUCCAGUGAGGGGUUAGUAACGCUGCCUGGCUUUCUUUGGUUCUGGGGAUUGGUGUUCUUAGCUACUACAACACUUGUGGCGAUUUUCAAACGAGAAAGCCUUCCGAGUAUAGAUCGUGGACACGAUGAACACUUAGAACUGGAUAUCAAGCAGACUUACAGUUUGCUGUUUGAUAUUAUCAAAAUGAAACCGAUCCUCAUACUGACUGCGAUUCUUUUGACUGUGAAAAUUGGAUUUUCGGCAUGUGAUGCCGUUAGUUCCCUGAAACUCAUCGAUGCAGGUGUGCCGAAGGAUAAGCUGGCAUUACUUGUAGUACCUUUGGUACCCCUUCAAAUAAUCCUCCCACUAGUUAUCAGCAAGUACACAACCGGACCUCGCCCUAUGGAGGUUUACCUGAAGGCUAUUCCGUACAGGAUUGUUUUAACGCUGGUGGCCUCCGCAGUGGUAUGGAUUACCCCGUCGCUCAUCCAGAACCAUCAUGUUCCUUAUUACUACUAUUUGAUGCUGCUGAUAAAUUACGGUCUGUACCAGAUCGCUCUCUACAGUAUGUUUGUGGCUGUGAUGGCCUUUUUUGCGCGAGUUAGUGAUCCUGCUGUUGGGGGUACGUAUAUGACGCUCCUCAACACUCUCAGCAACCUCGGAGGAAAUUGGCCAACCACGGUCGUACUUUGGAUGGUGGACGUGCUCACUUGGAAACGGUGCUCAAAUGCAACGGAUAACACGUGCUCGGAUUCCAUCGAACAAGAAGCGUGCACCGAUGGCGGUGGAAAGUGUGACAUCGAAAUUGAUGGAUAUUAUAUAGAGAUUGCAGUGUGUCUGAUAUACGGCGUCUUGUGGUACCAAUGGGGAAAGCAUAAAAUUCGAUACCUUCAAAGUCUGCCCCAAAGCGCUUGGCGAGUUGUACGACGGCAACGGGUGCAUACGAGUUAGCAAUUAAUGCAGCUUAUUUAGGUGUAGUUUGUAAGUGAUAAGAAAAAUCCACCGACAGCGUAAAAUGUGCAAAAUUGUUUCAGUUGAAAGCAAAAUUUUCUGUUGGCAAUUUUUCGGUUUUUAAAUAUUGUUUUAAAUUUGUUGGCAUUGUGUUUUACCACAAAAUUGAGUUGUGCACAAAUGUAGAUGAUAGCUGAGUAUUCCGCGAUUUACAUUACCAGCACCUAUGGCUUAGCUAAGUGCGAGUACAACAUUUCAUCGAGUAGAAUGUGUGUAACGAAGCUAUUCCAUCAAAAAACAUUAAUUUAUUUACUUUUGACAGUGAUAUAGCGUAGCUAUUCGGUUUUGAUAAAAUGUGUGUAAGAUAUUGUGAAUUCCAAUAUAGCGAAUCAAAUAAAUAGAGUAAAAAUCAA